AUGCAGUUCAAAUCCCUCCUUCUAGCUACCGUCCUAUCGUUGAGCCACGUGCAAGCCUUGACAGCAAAAGACGUAACCAACAGCAUCUCCAACAUUACUACCCUUUCGGCCGACACGUUGGACCUGGUCAAAGGUCUUAAUACUGAGAAUGUGGAGGCAGAUGGAUUACAAGCGUUCAAGAACUUCCGCCAGAUUGUCCACGAUGCCAAUGAGACUACAACAAUGAUAGCAGCUUCAGGCAACACUACCUUUGCCGAGGAUGACCAAAAGGACCUUUGCGAAACCUUUACUGGCUUUGUCAAGACCCAGCAAGAUCUCCUCCAGGCGCUCGUCAGUCAAAAAGGCCUCUUAGGGCCCAUACCUCUUAGCAUGCCCAUUGGUGCCAUCUUGCGCUUCUUGGAGACGUAUGUCGACAGGCUCUCUAAUUCAGUCAUCGGGCUAGUGCCGACCUGCGCAGAUGAGUCUAAGAAGGAAUUGGAGGGGCUUGAUAAGAACUUUAAUGAGACUUUGGAUACAUACCCGAUUAAGUUGCAUCUUCCUGAGGUGAAUGGCACCUCGCUUGAAGCUUUUUUUGAAGCUUACUUACCCUGA